CCUGUAUUGUCCCCACGAAUCAAGGGAAGAAGAGAAAAAGAAAUGGCAGAGAAAGCCCUAAAUUGAAGGAUCUAAGAAAGCUAUCCACCAAAAAGAAGUUUUCUAAAAAAAAAAACAAAUCGAAAACCCCAUGUCCAAAACCACUCCCUCACCCCCCCCUAUUUUACAUCUUCCUGUUUUUUGCUAAAAAAAGAGAGAAUUCCAUUAUGUUUGAAAUGCAUGUUCUAGCUGAAUUCUUUAGUCUUUUCCUUGAUGUUUACUAGGUAUAAUGGAUUAUUAGCACCCAAUUUUUUGUUUCUCUUAUUGCUUUGUUUCUGAAGAUAAAUUAAUAUUUUUUUAAAAAAAAAUGAGUAUUGAUGCAAAGGGUAUUCAACUUUUUGUCUGGAGAAUUAUUAGAUUUUCUGGAAUUUGUUGCUAUAAAUUUGGAAGAAAAUACCCAGAUAUUUCAGGGUUUUUGAUCUUUGUUUUCCUUUUGUACAUAUUUUUCCCUCAUGUUUUCUUGUAUUUUAUGUACACUUCCCCUAUUAUGGUCUGCACUGCUGUUUUUAUCCGAUUUUAUUUCAAAACCAAGUAUGCUGCAUCCCGAUGGCUAAAGAAAAAAGAGAGUGCAGAUGGAAAAGUUGUAAAUACAUCAAACGAGGCUUCAUUGCGACUCCAGAAAAGUGUUCGACGAAAUGCUCGAAAGGAAGUGCUAGAAUGGGAUGGAAAACAUAGUGAGGAAAAAGGCAUGCUUUUUGUGAGAAGUACUUGUGAUAGUCCGUCUAGUAAAACUAAUUUCUUGGAAGAAAAUUCCAAGAUUACCUUCGAUAGGGUAGGAAGUUCCAGCAGUGAACAUGGAGAGGGUUCCCCCCAUGACGAAACUGGAAAUCCGAAUUUGGUCUUUGAUAGUGAGACAUCGAAACCUCAUCGUGUGUUGGAUGAUAGCUUUCAAGGGUCAUCAGGAACAGGUCCUCGUGCUCCUGCUCGUGGUGUCAACAGCUUGGAAGAAGCGAAUGAUGCUGGGAAUAAGGCUACGAAUCGUAUGGAUCUUGGGUUAGCUGAGUUGGAAAGAAACAAAAGGCUGCAAAGUUUAAUUGCGAAACGUAGAGCAAAAAAGUUGUUUAGAAUGGCAAUUGAGAAAAGCCUGAUGGGUAUCAAUGGUAUUCCUCCUUCUCAAACAGCUCCCAUUCUAACCGCUAAAAUCAACAAUGGUGAGUUUUCAAGUCAUCUUGAUGAAGACGAUUUACCAAUGCCUGGUUCAGCCCCUUCCUUAUUGUUGGCUAAACAGAAUUCAUUUGACCUACCUUAUGAUCCACUUGAAGAAAAACCCAACCUUAUGGCCGAUAAUUUCCAACAAGAAUUCAUGCCAGCCAAUCUCUUCUGCAGACACGAAAGCUUCCGUCACGGACCUUUGUUUACAUUUCCAACUUCUCAAUAUCCAUAUGGUGCCGAGUUUAACCCGUAUUAUAGCGGUGAGAAAAGACUUUUUGAAUGGAAGCCAGACAAAGGAGGUCACCACCAGCUUAAUUCCUCUGGUAUAGAAAAUGAUAUUGAUCUAGAAGAAUCAAAUCACAAUGAGGCGAUAAACUUAUCCGAAGAGAAAAGGGAAAAAGAUAUAGAAAUCCCACACAAUAGGACCGAAGUAGAAGGAGAGAAGAUGGAACACCCUCAUGAUCUGGAGCCAGGAUUAGAUAGUGGAAGUGAAGUCAGAAUGGAGACAGAUUCAAUUAAAAACAACAAUUCCUGUGACUCAUCUUCAUCCGAAAACACAGAAUCGAUCUUAGAUCAAACAAGUAAAUCUCCUGGGAUACGCAAUGAUCAUGUGCAAAGGGCCCUUAAACUUGCAAUUCCUCCUAAGGGGGGAGCUAUUAACAGACUUUCCUUUGAUUCCAGCCCGUCGCCAUCUGAAAGGCGUAGGGUAGACAUUCAUUCAUUUUACAGUACAUAUAGGCGACAGUGCCAUACCCCAACGUUUUCCAUAGCUUCUGACUUGCAAGUUGAGGUCUCAGAAGUUGGUUCACCUCCAUUAACAACUGAUGGAACAACUUCACCUGCUGAUGGUGAUUCAGUUAUAUAUGAUGGGGAUGUUGAAAGGGAUAUCAAUUCCGAAAGUGAAGAACCGUGGGGAGGUUCAUUUAACCUAUCAAGAGAAGAGGCAAAUCGAGAAAGACUAAAAGAAUUAGAUGAUAUUAUUGAAGAGGAAUCUGCUGAAGUUGCUUCAAUCUCUCCAUCCGAACAUGAAACCAAGCAAAAUUUGAAUAGCAAAAUUUCACUAUCUUCAAUAGAAAUAACUGAGAAUGGUGCAUUCCCUCCAACAUAUAUAAACUCUGAAACUCAUCAAGAUUCCAGCAACUGCAGGCAUGGCAGUUUACAAACAUCUUAUGAGAGUAAAAGUACCAUGGAAUCUGGAAAGGAAGUAAAGGAAAGCCAUCCUUCAAAUUUUAUUGAAGAAGAUACUCAAACCUUAACUGAGCAUAAAGCUAGGGAUGCACGAAAGGCAGUUCGAAGCAGAGACAAAUUAAAAUCUGCUCCAGAUAUCAUAGUUGAUCAAAAUGUUUCAGAGAACAAUAUAUUGGAACAAAGAUUACGUGAAUCUAUUGCAAGGGCUCUAAAUCGAAGAUUGAUGCUUGACCAAUUUUCUGUGAGCUCAUCUUCAUCUCCAAGGUCUGUAUUACCACAAAAUAUCUUGGCAGAUCAAAUGCCUAUACCAGAAGUUGCACGACGAAUACAACGAAAUCUAUCACAGUCUGUUAGGGAAGAUAUAGUGAGGCACAAUUUAGCAUAUGAACAAGCACGUGAAAACUUUACUUCUAACAGGCCCCGAUUUUCUCAUGAAUUUGUUUGGAGUUCAAUGAAUCGCUCAUUCAGUAGUUGCGGUCUUGGAACAUUGGAGGCUGCAAGGAAGGUCAUUGAGGCAGGCAACAUGGCCGUAAAUAUCAAUAAUUCAGCAGUCUUUAACAAGGAUGAAGGGGAGAAGUUGGCAACUAAUGAAGGUGGAUCCCAAUUCUUAAUCAGACCAGAAGAUAUCAACAGGCCUGAAAAAUCAAAUAAACAAGAAGUAUAUACGGACAAAACAGAAGCAAUUGAAAGUGAUUAUAGAAGCAUUGUUGAAAGUGCAAAAGAAAGAGAGAACUCUGCAGCUGAAGUUGAUCGUAUUUGCAAGGUUAAUGAGUCAGUAGCUAAUAAUGUAAUCAACAAAGAGAUCAAGAAUGAUGUUUUUGAAGGUGAAGAAGCCCUCCGAAUAUUAGGUAAACUAGAGGCUGUCAUUGAACCAUCAAAUACCACCGGGGAAACUAAUGCAGGAUCUGUUGAAGAUACUGAAGACGAAUCCAAAAGAUUAGCCAAAGCCAAAGCAACUGCUGGCCUAUCAACUUUAACGGGAGAAACUAAUAGCUUGAAUAACAUUAAAAAUGGUGAAAAGAUACAGAAUUUGACUGAUCAAGAAGGUGUCAUGGAUGCAUCACAAUCAGGGGAGGUUCAGGAGGAAAAUCUAAAGGUCAUUGAAAGCAUCCUAAAUGUUGAUAGCAUUACAAAGGGUACAUCUAUCGACCAUGACAUGACCAUCAAAGCAUCAAAACCAACAGAAUCUGAAGUCAAGGCAGCCAAAAUGAUUAAAUAUGACACCGGAAUUGAUCCAUCAAAAUCAGGAAAGGAAAAUGCUAAAUCAGAUGAUACUGAAACUAUGGAACCAACAAAUUCUCCUAGGAAGGUCUUUAAGGAAGGCAGCAAUGUCGUAAAUAUCUAUGAUUUAGGAGUCAUUGGCAAAGAAGGGGAGAAGUUGACAACUAAGGAAGAUGAAUUCCAAUUCUCAAUCGGACAGGAGGGCAUCGGGGGACCUGAAAAAUUAAAUGAACUGGAAGCUGAUCUGAACAAAACAGAAGCAAUUGAAAGUGAUUAUACAACGAUUGUUGAAACUGCAAAAGAAAGAGAGAAUUCUGCAGCUGAAGUUGACCGUAUUUGCAAGGUGAAUGAGUCAGUAUCUGAUAAUGUAACCAACAAAGAGAUCAAGGACGAUGUUCUUGAAGGUGCGCUCCGGAUAUUAGGUAAAAUAGAGGCUGUCAUGGAACCAUUAAAUACCUCCCGGGAAACUAGUCCAGGAUCUGUUGAAGAUUCUGAACAUAAAUCCAAAAGAUUAGCCAAAGCCAAAGCCAAUGCUAGCCUAUCAACUUCAGCAGGAGAAACUAACAGCUUGAAUUGCAUAAAAAAUGGUGAACAGAUACAAAAUAUGUCUCGACAAGAAGGUAUCAUGGGCACAUCACAAUCAAUGGAAGAUAAUUGCAAGGCCAUUGAUAGCAUCCCAGAUGUUGAUAAUGCUACAAAGGGUACAUCUAUCGACCAUGACAUUGCUGCGAAAGCAUCAAAGCAAAAAGAUUCUGAACACAAAUCCAAAAGAUUAGCCGAAGUUGAAGCCAAUGCUAGCCUAUCAACUUCAGCAGGAGAAACUAACCGCUUGAAUAACAUUAGAAAUGGUCAACAGAUGCAAAAUAUGUCUCGUCAAGAAGGUAUCAUGGACACGUCACAAUCAAUGGAAGAUAAUCUCAAGGCCCUUGAUAGCAUCCCAGAAGUUGAUAACGCUACAAAGGGUACAUCUAUCAACAAAGCAUCAAAACCAGAAGAUUCUGAACACAAGUCCAAAAUUUUAGCUGAAGCUGAAGCCAACGCUAGCUUAUCAACUUCAGCAGGAGAAGCUAAGAGCUUGAAUAACAUAAAAAAUGGUGAACAAAUACAAAAUAUGUCUCGUCAACAAGGUAUCAUGGAUGCAUCACCAUCAGGGGAAGAUAAUCUCAAGGCCAUUGAUGGCAUCCUAGGUGUUAAUACCGCUACAAAGGGUACAUCUAUCAACCAUGACACUGUGGUGAGAGCACUAGCACCAACAGAAUCUGAAGUCAAGGCUGUCAAAACUGAUGAAAAAGAUAGCAACGCAAUGGCAAAAUAAGGCAGUAUACACAAUAUGGGCACAUAUAGAAACCAUCAUUGAGACAGCACCCUGCUAUGGUAAAUCUUGAACAUCUCCAUUUUUGCAAUAUACUAGGAAUAGGAUACAUAAGAUAGAAUUGCUAAAUAGUCAAAUUAAAAUGCCCCUGUAUUUAGCUUUUGACUGGAGAGCUUGAAAAUUAGUUAUUUUAGCUCUAUGUGCUUGUAGGUCUUCCAUGUUCGCUUUAAACGUUAAAAGUUUGAUUUUUAUUUUUGUAUAUAUUGAUGAAAUGUUAAUAUACUUAAACAACAUUGUUUAUUUUUUUUA